UUCCGAUCUAAUCAAAACUUGCCACGUCAACAAACGACUCUAACACUCAGAUCUCAUUGGUUGGCUUCACAAACUACCAGUGGUCGGCGUCACAUCAGAUAACUCUGUUAUUUACACGUGUUAUACUAGCACACAAAGCUGCACUCACGUUGUGACAACCGUCUUUCUCAUCAUCGUUUCAACGUAUCCUUUCUCUCUCUCUCUCUCUCUCUCUCUCUCUCUCUCUCACUCACUAACACACACAAAGUGGUGGGAGAAGCUUAAUCUGGUUGUGGUUAUGGCCGGAAGGAAGAGAAGGAGACUCAAAUUGUUAGCAGUAACAUUUAAAGAUGAUACAAGAGUUUCAACAAAGGGAAAUAUCGAGCAGGAGGAGCAGGAGGCGUGGUCUUUCCUUCCAGUCGAACUCCUUGAAUUUAUAAUUUCCCAAUUAACUUUAAAGGACAACAUUCGCACUUCUGCAGUUUGCAAACAAUGGUUCUCAGUUGCCCUAUCAGUCAGAGUGGUAAACAAGCCACCAUGGCUUAUGUACUUCCCCAAACUCGGUCACCGUUUUGAGUUCUACGAUCCUUCUCAACGCAAAACAUACUCUCUUGAAUUGCCAGAGUUACACGGCUGCAGGAUUUGUUACAAUAAAGACGGUUGGUUGCUGCUUUACAAACCAAGAACACAACGCGUGCUAUUUUUUAACCCCUUUACACGAGAAAUGAUCAAAUUGCCAAGAUUCGAGAUGACCUAUCAAAUAGUGGCGUUUUCUACCUCUCCUAAAUCUCCUAACUGCAUCGUUUUUACUGUUAAGCAUGUUAGUCCUACCGUUGUUGCUAUCAGCACUUGCCAUCCAGGAGCAACAGCGUGGACUACUGUUAAUUACCACAAUCGGUUGCCAUUUGUUAGCAGUAUCUGGAAUAAGCUUGUUUUCUGCAAUGGGCUUUUCUAUUGUUUGAGUCUAACCGGCUGGCUGGGAGUUUACGAUCCACAGGAACUCACAUGGACUAUCCGUAUCGUGCCUCCACCCAGGUGUCCUGAUAACUUUUUUGUGAAAAAUUGGUGGAAGGGAAAGUUUAUGGCCGAGCAUAGGGGAGAUAUCUUCGUUAUCUAUACUUGUUACAGUGAAAACCCGAUUAUUUAUAAGCUGGAUCAGGCUAACAAAGAGUGGGUCGAAAUGAAAACCCUUGAAGGUGUGACGCUAUUUGCUAGUUUUCUGUCGUCCCAUGCAAGAACUGAUCUUCUUGGAAUGAUGAGGAAUAGCGUUUAUUUCUCUAAAGUUCGUUUUUAUGGCAAACGAUGCAUAUCAUACUCUUUAGAUCACCAUAGAUACUACCCGCGGAAGCAGUGUCAUGAUUGGGGAGAACAAGAUCCAUUCGAGAGCAUCUGGGUCGAACCACCUGAAGAUGUUUCAACAUUCAACUGGGAAGACUAGUGAAGCAGUGCAGCGUUUUAGACGAAUCAUGAUCCAUCCGGGAAUGUUGUACUUCUGAAUAAAAAUCACCAGAAGUUCGCUUUCGGUAUCUUUAAACCUCAAUAAACAUCAAAUAUAUUGUGGAAAUAACAUAAAAAAUUAUGUAUUUUUAGGGGAUCAAAUUAAAACCCAAGCAAAGGUUGCAGGUUUACUAAUAGAUAGUAAAUUAUGUAAUAGGCAAGUUAAGAUAAAUAAUCUAUUCCUAAUGAUUCAUGCAAUUGUUUGUUUAAUUUAGAACAUAGUGAUUAGGAUGCAAAUUAAAGCAUAAUGCAUUUGGUGCCAACUCUCUUUACCAUCAUGUUACUAAUCCCAUAAUAAAUACACCACUAAAUCCAUGGC